CGGUUUGACAUUUAAGAUUGUUGUUGGUAAACAUAUUUUUGUGUGAACAGUCCGCGAUUUUUAACCAGUUUAAGCAUGAAACAGUUUAAAUUUCCAACGGUUUGGCUCGUCCUCUGCCCUGGCUCAUAAAAUCGCAUUGAUGUACGGUCGUUAUAGCAAAUAAUUAUUUCGCAUAUCCGCAAAAAAUGGCACAAAAGGAACACAUAAAGCGUCUGUGCCUGAUUCCAUUGUGCAAAAAUGAACGAUUCGAUUUGGUCCACAAAUUUCCGAUGGACAAUCAACGGGCGGAGGAAUGGCGUCGUGCAAUCAACAUUCCAGAAAUUAACAGCCUCCCUCUGGAUGUGCUAAGAAAACGGACCAUAUGCAGCAAGCACUUCCGCAGAGAGGAUUACAAAAACGUCGAAUCAAGGAGCCUAAACAAAACCGCUGUCCCCUCGUUAAAUUUCAGAGAAGCGCAAAGCACAGAGAGCUCGAAUGAAACGGUAAAGGGCCAGACCUUAAUGGUCGGUGUGUCGAGUGAUGCUCAUCGUCGAGAUGUGUGCCUCAUGAAAGAUAAAAUGGAACCAGCAGGAUCGAUGGACAGUAACGGUUCAGGAACAACAUCGAGAAAGAAUGUGGAGCGCAAACAGUUGUUUAAGCUCGUGCCCAAUUCAGACAAUGCAGCAACUACAUACAGUGACGCAGCACCUUUAUCCAAACGUCGUGUCGUCGUAUCAAAUCGAGUGCCAGACAUAAACAUUCAAUGCGAUGACUUGUCUUUGAUAUCGUCCAAAACCGAUUUAAAAACGCUAGACGGCCAGUACGUAAAUGUGACAUUAUUGCCGGUGGUCGAUGUGAAUGAUGAUCCAAUUACAAUAAUCGAUCAGUCGUCUCAGCUGGAUUUUUUGGCGACGAAAACUGCGCUCAAUUACAUUGAAGAUGCGGAUUUAUAUGCGAACGAAAUAAUCGCCGACCCAUAUGCAACCGAAAUGGUCGAACAGCUGAACGCAUCGUAUCUGACGAUGGCUGAAGAUUCCAUUACAAUCCAUUCAUCAGAUCAUCCGGAACCCUUUACGGUUAACAAUUUCUGGCUUCGUGAUCACUGCUGCUGUUCAGAAUGUUACAAUCACGAUACGAAACAGAGAAAAAUUGGUUUACUCGACAUACCAAUUGACAUUAAGCCAUCGCAUUACAGCAUCGACGGAAAUGAGUUGCAAAUAACUUGGCCCGACAAUCACCAAUCGUCCUACGACAUCGACAAUCUGGCAGCAAAUACAUUCGAAAAUUACAAGACGUCUGUCCAGAUCGGCGGCCAGAAAACACUGUGGAAUGCCAAGUCGAUAAAAUCGAUGGGCUAUGCGCGGGUCUCAUUUCCCGAUUACCUCUGCGACGAGAACGUAGCAAAAACGUUCGUUUCCAGUCUGGUUCAAUACGGAAUUGCGUUCAUCGAACAUGUGCCACCGAAUAUGCUGACCACCGAACUGGCCAUCAAGCGACUGUUCAAUGUGCAGAAAACGUUUUUCGGCGAAAUGUGGUCAUUCAACGACGACAAAGUGCACAACGACAACGCUUAUACCAAGGAGUUUCUGGCUGCUCACACAGACAACACGUACUUCAAUGAUGCGGCCGGCAUUCAGGCUCUGCAUUGUUUGAUACACACUGGACGCGGCGGUGAAACCUUACUUGUCGAUGGCUUCAAUGUGUUAAACGAUUUGAAGAUGAGCAACGAGGCCCUGUUUAAGCGACUAUGCACAACGGACGUGGAGUCGGAGUACAUUGAAGAUGGCCGACAUCACACGUACACAGCACCAUUGGUUAAACUGAAUUCGUUGACACAACAGCCCGAACAGAUCAGAUUCAAUUCAUACGACCGAGCACCGAUGCGAUCGAUACCGAUGUCCGAAAUGGGUACAUUCUACAGCGAUAUGCAAACAUUCGUCCGGAGUAUUCAAUCGGCCGACAAUGAAUGGUGGUUUAAAUUGGAGCCGGGCACGGUUGUCUUUUUCGAUAAUUGGCGCAUACUGCACGGACGGUCGUCGUACACGGGCUAUAGGAAAAUGGGCGGUGGUUAUGUUGCGCGCACCGAAUUUAUGAGUGUGGCUAGGACAAUGAAUUUAAUCAGCUGAAAAUUGAGUGUAGAGUAAAGUGGCGUUUCGUUUCUAAAAAAA